AUGCCGUGCCGCGCCGCGUCCUGGCCCACUGUGUCACGCUGCGGCGCGACAGCCGUUGCCGGGGUGCGCUUCGGCCAGAGCCUCGAGGCACCUCCGGCCGCGGCGACGGGCAGCCCGCCAGAGGCGCAGGACGGCCAGGCGUACGUCCGGCUCGAGGGGCCCCCGCGCGGGGGGGGCGCGCAAGGCGGCCCGCCGCACGUCGAGGGCAGCGCCCAGGCCACGGAGCGAAAGCCUGCAGAGUCAACGUCGGCGGGCCGCCGGGCAGGGGGCACGAGGGGCAGCGCGGAGAAGCUGGGUGAGAGAGCUCCCAUGGGGAAGCCGCUCUCGGGCAGGGCUCCGCGGCCGAGGGCGGAGGGCGGGAACGAGAAGCGUAAGUUCUGCAUGUUCCACUUGCAGGGCAUCUGCCGCAAGUCUACGCAGGAGUGCCCCUGGGCGCACUCCAUCGAGGAGAUGGAGAGCUCCCGCUCCCGGGCCAAGAAGAAGGCCUCGCCGGCGCGGGACGACUCCGCAUCCUGGCCGUCAGAGUCCUCGUCGUCGCCCGCCCCCCCGCUCUGGGAGGCGGUCCAGGCUGCGACGGCCGCACAGAAACAUUGCAGGCCACCUCAGACCUCAACGGCGCCAGCGCUCGCGGCCACCCACGUGAUGGACGGCGGCGUGGACAUGAUUGCGGGGAGCACCAGACGAGGCGACCCGCGGCUGCUCAACCUGUCGCCAGAGCCGGUGCUCACCCCAGAGCGGGGCAUGUAUUAUCGCAAACCCCCUCCCGGCGCCCAAGGCGCGGCUCCCGUGCCUCUCCCGGAGCUGCCGCUCGACUGGCCCGCUGGAGGCCUCUCGCCGCAGGGGCCGCCCGACGAGCCCACCGCCCCGAAGCACCCCAGCGAGCCGCCACCCUCUGCCCUGGGCGCCGGCCUCCUGCGGCUCGGCGUGGGCUGGCCCGGCCCGCCUCCUGGCCUCGAGGACCUCGGGGGAUGCGGACGUGCACUUCCCGGGCUUUCAGCCUAG